GUAAUUCGUGUGGGGUGACGUUGCGGUCUGUAGGAUCCUACGGAAACAGGGGGCGAGGGGCGAUAAAUUUAUCAACACCGCCGGGGAAGCUUUGUUGGUUUGUUGACGACCUGCCGAGCAGCGGUGAAGUUCAGUCUUGCGCUUCCACUUUCGUCACCUAGUUUGACCAUCAACACCCACGAUGCGGUCCGAAGUGGGAGUCACAACAGCGAUUGAGCUGCAGUCCUCCGAGGAGUCGCCGCGGACAAGCAGUCCGGAACGCCAGGUUGAGGAUGGCCACGGACAUGAGAUGCAAAGCCUGCCGCCUGUUGACCGCGGCAAGGACGCCUGGCUGUUUCUGGCUGCAUGCUUCAUGAUCGAGGCGCUCGUCUGGGGCUUCGGCUACUCCUUCGGCGUGUUCCAGAACUACUACAGCACCCACGAGCCCUUCAUCGGGGCGAGCAACAUCCCCGUCGUCGGCACCUGCGCCUUGGGAAUCAUGUACCUCGACACCCCGCUCGUAAUGGGCCUCCACCGGCGCUUCCCCAAAGCAGCGCGCUACUCGACCAUCUUCGGCCUGCUCAUCAUGUGCCUCGCGCUGGCGCUGUCGUCCUUCUCGACGACGGUCACCCACCUGCUCGUGACGCAGGGCAUCCUCUACGCGAUUGGCGGGUCGAUCGCCUACUCGUCGUGCAUCAUCUACCUCGAGGAAUGGUUCGUCGCCCGCCGCGGGCUCGCCUUCGGCAUCAUGUGGUCGGCCACGGGGCUCGCGGGCGUCGUGCUGCCGCUGCUGCUCGAGUGGCUGCUCAACGCGCAGGGAUACCAGACCACGCUGCGCAUCUUCGCCUGCGCCGUGUUCGCGCUGACCGCGCCGCUGAGCUACUUCGUCAAGCCGCGGCUGCCCGUCGCCCCGGCGCGCCACGCCAAGCCCUUCUCGCUGCGCUUCGUCGUGCAGCGGCCCUUCAUGCUGUACCAGGCCUUCAACGUGCUCGAGGCCGUCGGCUUCUUCCUGCCGGGCAUCUACCUGCCGUCGUACGCGCGCGCCGUGCUGGGCGCGAGCCCCUUCCCCGCCGUCGUGGCCAUGAUGCUGGUCAACGUCGCCAGCGUGUUCGGCUGCGUGCUCAUGGGCAGCCUGAUCGACCGGCUCGAGGUGACCACGUGUUUCCUGGUGUCGACCAUCGGCGCCACGCUGGGCACCCUGGUGCUGUGGGGCCUGUCGGUGAACCUGCCCGUGCUGUAUCUGUUCUGCAUCGUCUACGGCCUGUUUGCAGGCUCCUACACGUCCGCCUGGCCCGGCGUCAUGAGCGAGAUCACGCGGAGGAACGUCGCCGGAGACACCAGCGACGGCAGCGGGAGCGAUCACGGGAAGUGGGCCGACCCGAGCAUGGUGUUUGCCUUCCUCGCCAUGGGCCGUGGCGUGGGCAACGUGAUUUCGGGCCCGUUGAGCGAGGCGCUGGUGAAGGGCAUGCCGUGGAAGGGCCAGGCUUUUGGCGGCUAUGGCAGCGGCUAUGGCGGCUUGAUCGCCUUUACAGGGGCCAGUGCUCUCUUUGGAGGUGGGAGCUAUGUAUGGAAGAGGUUGGGAUGGCUGUAGGGACAGUUUCAGUUAGCGGUUGGAUAGAGAUCACUUCUGUUUCAGCAUUCCAGUUUAGAAAUGCACUCUCGUAUUUUGCGCUCGUGUACUUGUGCG